UAGCUCGAGGAUCCGCAUCCUGCUGGCGCUAGCGGCGGCGGAGCAGGCAGCGAGGGGGCGGCGGGUGGAGGAGGCUGAGGGGGCGGCGGCAGAGAAGAAAGUGACAGAGCCGGUUCGGCUUUAGAGUGUGGUGAAGGGUACUUUUCAUGGUGCAUGGAAGGAAAGCCAAUGCGCAGGUGUACCAACAUUCGACCAGGAGAGACUGGAAUGGAUGUAACAAGCCGCUGCACCCUUGGAGACCCCAAUAAACUGCCAGAAGGGGUUCCCCAACCUGCCCGCAUGCCCUAUAUCUCAGACAAGCACCCUCGACAAACCUUGGAAGUGAUUAACCUUCUGAGAAAGCACCGGGAGCUAUGCGAUGUGGUGCUAGUUGUGGGCGCUAAGAAGAUAUAUGCCCAUCGAGUCAUUUUGUCAGCCUGUAGUCCCUACUUCCGAGCUAUGUUUACAGGAGAAUUGGCGGAGAGCCGUCAGACAGAAGUAGUGAUCCGAGACAUAGAUGAGAGGGCUAUGGAACUACUGAUUGACUUUGCAUAUACCUCCCAGAUAACUGUGGAAGAGGGCAAUGUUCAGACCCUUCUGCCAGCUGCUUGCCUCCUUCAGCUGGCAGAAAUACAGGAAGCCUGCUGUGAAUUCUUAAAGAGACAAUUAGAUCCUUCUAAUUGCCUGGGCAUUCGGGCUUUUGCUGACACACAUUCAUGUCGUGAGUUGCUCAGGAUAGCAGACAAGUUCACUCAACAUAACUUUCAAGAGGUAAUGGAAAGUGAAGAGUUCAUGUUGCUUCCAGCCAAUCAGCUCAUUGAUAUAAUAUCUAGUGAUGAGCUAAACGUUCGCAGUGAAGAACAGGUGUUCAAUGCAGUGAUGGCCUGGGUCAAAUACAGUAUUCAAGAAAGACGUCCUCAGUUACCCCAGGUACUGCAGCAUGUUCGUCUGCCUUUGCUUAGUCCCAAGUUCCUGGUGGGCACCGUAGGCUCUGAUCCCCUCAUCAAAAGUGAUGAAGAAUGCAGAGACUUGGUAGAUGAAGCUAAAAACUAUCUCCUAUUGCCUCAAGAACGACCACUAAUGCAGGGACCAAGGACAAGACCACGGAAACCUAUCCGAUGUGGAGAAGUACUCUUUGCAGUUGGUGGCUGGUGCAGUGGAGAUGCCAUUUCUAGUGUUGAACGAUAUGAUCCACAGACCAAUGAAUGGCGAAUGGUAGCUUCAAUGAGCAAAAGGCGAUGUGGAGUUGGGGUCAGUGUUCUUGAUGACCUGCUAUAUGCAGUAGGAGGCCAUGAUGGAUCCUCUUACCUCAAUAGUGUUGAAAGGUAUGACCCCAAAACAAACCAAUGGAGCAGUGAUGUGGCUCCUACAAGCACCUGCAGGACAAGUGUUGGUGUGGCAGUACUCGGAGGUUUUCUCUAUGCUGUGGGUGGUCAGGAUGGUGUGUCCUGCCUCAACAUUGUUGAAAGAUAUGAUCCAAAGGAAAACAAAUGGACCCGAGUGGCUUCUAUGAGCACAAGAAGACUAGGCGUGGCUGUGGCUGUGUUAGGAGGGUUCUUAUAUGCUGUAGGUGGCUCUGAUGGGACAUCUCCACUAAACACAGUGGAGCGCUACAAUCCUCAGGAAAACAGAUGGCACACCAUAGCUCCUAUGGGGACCCGGAGGAAACAUCUAGGCUGUGCAGUGUAUCAGGACAUGAUCUAUGCCGUAGGAGGUAGAGAUGAUACUACAGAGCUGAGCAGCGCUGAGAGAUACAACCCCAGAACUAACCAGUGGUCUCCCGUGGUGGCUAUGACAUCCCGCCGUAGUGGAGUUGGCCUUGCAGUAGUGAACGGACAGCUCAUGGCUGUAGGAGGCUUUGAUGGCACAACGUACUUGAAGACCAUUGAAGUUUUUGAUCCUGACGCCAAUACAUGGAGGUUAUAUGGUGGGAUGAAUUACCGUCGCCUCGGGGGUGGUGUAGGAGUUAUUAAAAUGACACAUUGUGAAUCCCAUAUAUGGUGAUCACCUAGAAGACAGUCAUGUACAUGCUCCACUGUGUUCUGGAGAGCUUUGACUUUGGAGCUUUGUAUAGCUCAAGAAAACAUUAGAACAAAUUAUUCUUUGCCGGUGCCUCAACAUAUGGAAAUACAAAUACAAUGAAAGUACUUCAACUGCAAGAUGCCACCUUUGCACAAAAGUUUUCAAUUCCAUGCAGAAUAUUUAUUUUUGGUUUUAAUUUAUCAUGGGUUUUUUGUUGGUUUUUUUGUCAUUUUGUUUUGCUUUGGAUUUAGCCUUCUUCCCACUAAAAAAGGAAAAGAAAAAAAAGAUAAAAAAUCCAAGCAGAAAGUUUAUUUUUAAGAUGUUAAGUUUGAAAAUACUAAUAAAGGGAGAAGGGCUAUA